AUGGCCCUGUCGCACUUUUUCGUUAUCUCCAGCUGCGGGGACCGACUGCUGCUGCGCAGCCUGCGCGGAGAAGGCGCCGAAGGCUCCGUGGACGAGUUCUACAGCGCGGUCACCGAGCGCGGAGAGGACGCCCGGCCGGUGUUUAAGCUCUCGGAUGUGCUGUACUACCACGUCAAGCGCUAUGGGCUCUACUUCGUGGCCACGACGUCGUUCGCGGUGCCGCCGUCGUUUGUCUUCGAGCUAAUCAAUCGCAUAAUCGCAGCCUUUAAGGACUUCUGCGGCACGCUCAGCGAGGAGUCGAUGCGCCGCAACUUCGUGCUGGCGUACGAGGUGCUGGACGAAAUCCUGGACUUCGGCUACGUGCAGUGCACGAACACGUCGCAGCUGAAACAGAAGGUCUACAAUGUGGCGGUCAUGCCCGCAACGCACUCGCGGCCAGUGGUGAGUUUGGCACCGGCAUUCGUAAAGUUGCGGCAGGUGGGAAUGCGUUCCAACGCUUUGGCGUACCCGAUGACGCUGCCCAGCGUGGUCUCGCAGCGACCGCUCGCGGGCGGUUCUACGCGUGGCAGCGAGAUAUUUGUGGACGUCGUGGAGAAGCUGUCGGCGGUCCUGGGUGCCGACGAGACAUACAGGAGUGUCACCGUCGAUGGGCACAUCCAAGUCAAGAGCUUUCUGCGGGGGUCGCCGCCGGUCAAGCUGGCGCUCAACGAGGGAAUCGUGAUCAACAGCCGCCGCGGAAAGGUGCCAAACGUGCCGGUGCUGGACUUCUGCAACCUGCACCAGAGCGUCGACACCUCGGAGUUCGAGAAGUCGCGCGUGCUCUCGUUCACGCCCAUGGAGGGCGAGUUCACGCUCAUGACAUACCGCAUGUCAGGAAGCGCGGUGCUGCCGUUUAAGGUGAAGGCGGCGAUUGAAUUAAACAAGGACUCGGUAGUUGGAGCCGCCACACAGUUAACGUCAAUGCAGGCGAGCGUCACCAUCAACGUGUUCUGCAGCAUCAACCAGAACCUAGACGCCAGCGUCACACUGCGCUGCCCGGUGCCGCGGGCGACCAGCGACGCGACGCUAAGCGUGAUGCCGCCAGACGCCGGCACCACCUCGGAAUACAGGGCUAGUGAACACGCGUUACUGUGGACCAUCAAGCGAUUCAGAGGAGGGACCGGUAUGUCCUUCAAGGCGGCGCUGAAUUUCGCCCCGCAAGCCGCAAGUGUGUCGCGAAGAGAGUUCGGUCCCAUAAACGUGGCAUUCGAGGUGCCCAAGUACUGCGUCUCGAACGUCCACGUGAGGUACAUGCGGGUCAUGCAGCCGCAGUCGAGCGCGCAGACGUACCGAUGGGUGCGCUACAUCACAUUGUCGAACUCGUACCUGUGCCGUUUCUAG